AUGCCCUUAACUGAAGCAGAAAAAACUAUGUAUCCUGGUAGAGACUCCAUGCUGAUUUUGAACGAUCAUGUUUUCAAACUGCUAGAUGAGCAAACAAAAGCACCAAAUUCCACACUUAGAAACAGUUCAGAAACGAACAUCCAAGAUACCACUGUAAUGAAGAGAGGAUUAAAAUUCGAGGAUAGGUUAAAGAUUCUAGGGUGGCCUUCACUGGUUAACAGACUCAAAAGAGGAUACAUGAUAUCAAUUUAUCAAUUGCUUAAUGGACUGCAGGAUAAUGAUAUCAAACCAGACUAUGCCCUUACUAUGGCAACAUAA